CAAUCGCCUACGAAUGAUGAUAAAAAGGCUGAUAACGAUGGUAGUCGCGAAGUACAGCCAUGUCGUCGCGUACGCCUGUCAAGAACAUCGUUGUCAUUGGUGCCGGGGUUGUGGGUCUCACCACCGCGGUCAAGAUACAAGAAAAAGGCGGAUUCAAGGUCACCAUUGUCGCGGAGACCUUCCCAACUGACGCGAAGUCAGUAAGGUACACGAGCCCGUGGGCGGGAGCGUAUCAGACAGUGUACACAGGCACGGAUGAGCGACACAGAAAACUUGAGAAAGAAACAUUCAAGGUGAUGUGGAAGAUGUCUGCUCCGGGAGGUGACGCAGAAGGUUGUCUUCGCCGCCUGAAGUCGUUCGACUACUUCUAUGACAAGGCAGAUAUACCGAAAACGUCAAUGCCAAGCUUCAGAGUCCUGCCAGAGGAUGAGCUCAUACCCAAUGCCAAGAUGGGAUGGAGCUUUGAUACGUACACCAUCAACCCUCCAGCCUACCUCAACUACCUGUUAUCGCGCUUCUUGGCCCGAGGCGGAACAAUUGUUCGCGCCUUAUUGCACCAUGUCAGCCAGGUUGUCGAAGGAAGUCCAACUGUGUUCUCACACGGACGCGCGUCUGCCACCCCGGUGGAUGCUGUUGUCGCAUGUCCGGGAAUCGGCGCUCGUACGCUUGGUGGGAUCGAAGAUCACAACGUCUUCCCCAUCAGAGGACAGACGGUGAUCAUCCAUGCUCCCUGGAUCGCAGCCGCUCGAGGAGUAACAGAUCUUGCUGUCACGAAAGACACAUAUAUCAUCCCGCGACCGACCGGUGACGUCGUCUUGGGAGGAAUCAGGGAGCCGAACGAUUGGUAUCCAAUUCCUCGUCCCGAAGAAACAGAAGAUAUCCUGCAGAGAACACUUGAUCUCAAUCCGGAGCUGGCACCGCCAGAAGUCCGUGCUAAGCGCGCUCCGACAGUGAAUGAUCUACGUCCCUUGAUUGUUGAUAUCGGUUGUGGCCUCAGACCUGGAAGAAAAGGUGGCAUCAGGCUUCAAGUUGACUGGACCGGCACAGGCGAGGGAGAACGGAAGAUCCCCAUGGUCUUCAACUACGGGCAUGCUGGUACUGGCUACGAGUCAUCCUGGGGAUCGGCGGCGGUUGCGUUGGAUCUGCUAGAGGAGGCACUGGCACAGUCUUAAGCGAUACGCCGCGUAUUAGUAAGACAGAACAGAUGUUGAGAAGAAUCGAACGCAUAUAUUGACGCACUGGCAGAUAGCUGCAUUUUGCGGCGAGAUUCGUACGCUUUUUGUUGACUUAUGCCAUAAAGCUUCGUUGUCACGCAUGCGCCGUUUUGUUGUUUGAAACAGAGCAUGAGCAUGUAGAACCUCCU